AGCUAGGAAUGGAUGUGGAAGAAUUAGAAACACUCGACGAGCGUCGAGCUAGCGAUACAACGGUAGUGCUUCUGUUGUGCAGCUGGUGCGAGCGACUAGAAGCGUAGCGGCCUACUUCGGCCUAGCCUAACACACACCACUGCCUAUCCCUGACCCCCUGACCCUGGCCUUGGUGACAUGCACUGACUGCACUGAUGCCGUCGAGUCGAAGAUCUACCUCUACCCUCACCCGUUCCGUGCUGCCGCUGUGUUCCUGUGAAUUUCCACUCAAAAAUCAGAAACGGCAAUGUCGCGUUUCACUUGCAAUCGGGUACAGCCUGUGUCAAGAAGGGAAAAGAAAGUCCGCCGAAACAACGUUCACCUAGUCUUCCUGCUGUCAGUGAUUAUCAUCUGACGCGCAUCAUGGCCACACUCACAAUGCCCUUGUUCAAGGAAAUGUCACCUCACUUCUGUGACUUGAAGCAGCAGCAGCACUACCAACAUCAGUCGCUGGUUUCCUGCACAAACGGCCCGAGCCAUGGGGCACUGCCACUACCACUGGUCCUGUCGACCGAAGGUGCAGCAGAAGUCACUUCGGCGCUGUACACGACACCGCAUCCGCCACCCACUCGGCCCACGGCCACCGCCAAUGCGGCUGUGAAUCGUCAUGCCCGUUGCGACUCGCUGGUCUGUCAUGCGUCCUCCACGCCGAGUCCGACAUCCAACAUCAGUUGUACUUCGGACGACGGCGUUUUCUGGUCGUUGAUGUUCGACGAGGAGACGAGCGACGUCGCGGCACACGAACCGACUUUGUUUGACUCAUCCCUGGCGAGAUCCUUUUCUUCAUCGCCCCUGCCCCUGGAACAGCUGUCAUCAUGCCGGUCAUCAGUGUGGCCUGGUGGACAGGCGCCGCUGUACGAGCUACUGGACCCGCUGAAAUGGGACUGCUCCACCGUGGCCCUGUGGCUGAGCAGAAAAGUGUUUGCCAGUGGCAGCAUCACUCAGACUCGCCAAGCCGACCUGGAAUUCUACCAAUGGAAUUUCGUGGCAAUGAAGAAUGAGCGCCUGAGUGGAGCAGAGCUGAGCGAUAUGUCCUUCGCCAGCUACUUUUCUCGCUGGGGCUACUCUGCACCUGCUGUCUUUGAGAGCUUCCUGAACCAACUACAGACCUUCGGUCAUGCGCAGGCGUUAGGCUGCAACCUACUCGACGUGUGGCAUCAAUUACAAGUGGCUCACCCCGUCGCAAGUACAUGUAGUUCGGCUGCCAAAGGCAUUGAUCGUCGAUCACAUCGUCCGCCGACCUUCCAGUCCAGUCUGCAUCCGGUCCUGGAGCAGAUCGGUGAUGAUGACGACGACGGCGAAGGCCUUUCCGCGGAAGCUGGCAGCCAGCUUGCAACAGAUUUCAGCCAGCAGGACGAGCUUGAAACGCACUCCACCAGCGACUGUGAUAUUCAGUUCAGCGCGGGUAUCUCCAGUCCAGAUUCGAUGCUGCUGGACACGUGUCCGGCGUCACUGCCCUCGCCCGCCUCACCUGUGAUGAGCGAUGCCAGCAGCGCGGACACCCUCUGCGGCCAGUUCUCCCCGCGGUCCAGUCCCAUGAGCGGCAGUGCGGCGGCCAUGAUGCUUUGGUCCCCGGACAACAUGUCGUCAUGUAGUCAUGCGGUUCAACCACCGCUGACGCCGACCAGUCAACCGAGGGAAACCAGCAGCGUGUCAGACUCAGAUUAUGAGUCGCUCGAGUCAUCUGCUUCUCCGACUACAGACCAGGCAUGCAGUCCACCUGGUGAACUUGUGCUGUCUCCGGCGUCCGAAUGCCCACUGUCUGUGGCGGACAGCAGCAUGAAUUCUCCCAAGCUAUCGCCAGAAUACUAUCCUGUGAAGAAGCAGCGACACCGGAAGCCACGUCAGCGAACACCUCUGCCGCCGUCUCUAACCUUCCCCGAGGCAUCAGCAGGAAUCAACCUAUGGGAGUACCUGCUUGAGUUGCUGGCCGAGCCAGGUGUAUACAGCAAGAUCAUCCUGUGGAAAGACCGGCCAAACGGCGUGUUUUGCUUGUUGGACUCGGAGGUGGUGGCGAUGCUCUGGGGCCUGCAUCGCAACAAGAAGACCAUGAACUACGACAAGAUGUCCAGAGCGAUGCGCUACUACUACUCCAAACUCAUUGACAAGGUGUCUGGGAGUCGGCUCACGUACAAGUUUCUGCCGAGCACCAACUGGCUGACGUACGUGCCAAAGGCCAACGGCUAUGAUGACCAGUACGCCGGCAAUCGUUCACUUGUCUGCCACGGCCGCUUGUCUCGCCGGCGACCCAGCAAUAGCCGUGUGUCACUGACCGUCACACAGCACAGCCGAUGAAUGUCAAAGGAAACUGAACCAGUUACUUAGAUUGCUUUGAAUACCACCGCUGCUCGGGAAUGUAACUUACUACUUGUCGAUUGGCGCUAGAGCACAUCCAUCGGCUAGGGAAGACAGUGGAAUGUGGAAUCAACUAGCACAGUCUCAAGUCCCCAUGUACACAGCGUCACGGCUGAUCCCUGAGCUUUCGUCAUGCAGCACUUCGUCAACACAUGGAUUCUGCUGCAUUUGAACUUCUUCUUUUUGAUUGCAUGCCACAAGCAUAGGCUGGCUGCCACUCUUUGGUUACGUUCUGCUGGCAAACAUGCUGUGUGGAUUAGGAUAAUUAUUGUGAAGUCUUACACCCAAUCAGUCAUUGCUGAAAAUGUUGACAAACGAGUAAAUAAUCCUAUUCAAUAAGGUACCCCCCCCCUCCCCACAGCAUCAAAUUAUACUAGCAACAUACAAACCGUUUCUCAUGUCACUUGAAGUCAUAAUUUUUAUAGCACAAAGAUAAUACACACGCAAUUGCCAUAAUCUCUAGGUCCUUUCUUUUCUUUUCCUUUUUCUUCUUCCUGAUUGCGUGCUACAGUAUAAUUAUCAUCAUGUACUUUGAUUUAUACAGAAUUUCCCUUGAUGACAGCUAUCCAGCAGACCUGUUAGGUGUUGAUCAUUUUCAGUUCAUGGUUCAUAAUCGUUUGGUCGCUCUUUUGAGUCUUUUCCUCACUGGCUGCUCAGCCAUCCUCUCCACCACAGAGUAUAAUAAUUAUCGUA